AACUCAAUAAGUAGGCUCUCUAAUUCCAUACAUAGGUAUAGAUUUUUUGUAGCUGGUAACCCUGCAUUGUAAAUUCCAAGUUCCAACAAAAAUAUGUCCGACAUUUGAUCGUGACCUGUGUGAUUACAUCAAAGUAAUAGGUGUACAUACAAACGAUAUGAUAUCAUUUUUCUCGAAGCUCUCCCUGAACAACACGCCAAAACCACCCGUGGAGAUCGCCAAGCCAGCUUAUAUGGACAAAAGUGCGACAUUAGAGGAGCUAGGCUACAGGGACGAGAAUGACUUGAGAGAAACAAUUUACGACUUUUUGCGGACGAUACGGGACCCAGAAAAGCCGAGUACGCUUGAAGAUUUGAAGGUGGUGUACGAAGAAGGUAUCUUUGUGAAGGAACCUACUGCUGACAAAGUUCCCGUGUUGCGAGUAGAGUAUAAUCCAACCGUGCCUCAUUGUUCGUUGGCGACACUAAUUGGGCUGUGUAUAAGGAUCAAGAUUUUGAGGUCAAUCCAUCAUCCGGUGAAGCUUGACGUGUAUAUAAAGAAAGGCGCGCAUACCACAGAAGAUGAAAUCAACAAACAGAUCAACGACAAAGAGCGGAUCGCAGCCGCCAUGGAGAAUCCAAAUUUAAGGAACCUAGUCGAAAACUGCAUAGCUGACGAGGAAUAACAAAUACACCUAAUAAAAACAACAAACAUGGCACCCGAAGUGGCUUUUUCUAACAUAAAUGACAAGAAUGAAUUUACUAAAUUCACAAAAUUCUUAGCUUAUAAAGGCGUUCAAGUUAUUGUAGAAUCGAGGAAGGGGUGUAAAAAUAGAUCCUAAUAGUAAACCAAGAUCAUCAGACACUGAUUGGUUCAAUCUUCAAAUACCAGACUCUCCAGAGGUUAACCAGGCAACUAAGAAUGCAUUGCCUUCAGACAAGGUGUUAGAGAUUAUCAAAGCCCAACUGCACGUGGAAAUAUCAGUACAAACCGAGGAUGGCGAUGAAAUGGUUUUGGAGUUGUGGACCCUUGAACUUGACGAAACUCAGUUUGACACUUCUGUUAAAGCCACGAACACAGUUUACUUCAGAA